AUGACGUCGGACGGCUACACCCAUGUUCCCCCGCCAUGGAAGCUCAAGGGCGACAUCUACCUCUUCAGCUUCUGGACGCCGCAGAAGCAGGCGGAGCACCCGCCGACCAUCACAUACUCUCCCCUCGAGGCGAACUCCUCGUUCGUCUCCCCGGUGGGAAGCAAGCCGCUCGGCGGAAUCAGCAUGAUCCAGAUCAUACGCUACACCGAGAGUCCGGUAGGACCCUAUGACGAGCUGAUCCUCAGUCCCGGCUUCCACGAGUACACCGUCGAAGAGAACGGAAAACGAGUAAAGAAGAAGAAUGCCAGGAUCACGAGGAUAUACGUGUCGCAGAAGCAUACUUGCUGGAACGGCCGAAAGAACUGGAACAUCCCGAAGCACCUCGCCGCCUUCGAGUGGAAGUACGACCUGGACGGUAGCACACACGUGAAGGUCUUCCCCCACGACACGGCCGGCGACGUCAGCGAAGCCUCGGCAAGCACGACGCCGCUCUUCCAAGCCACCUUCAAGCCCGUCCCCUACGUCCCCUCAUUUCCGCUGUCACUUAACGUCUUGUCGUAUGUCGGACUCGACGCCACUCUCGUGCAACCUCCGCUACCGCAGGGCAAGGGCAGCCAGGGCGAACUUCCGGGCACCGAUCGCUGGUGCAGCGUCGCGCCGGGCCAGUAUACGAAGAAGGCGAGCCUGGGAUGGUUUGAUAUCCGGCAGGCUGACGAGAAGGGGAAUUUGAUCGGGGAGCAUGAGAACUUCUGGCCUGGUCUCGGGAGGUGGCAGUUGGGUAUCAAGAUGGAGAAUUCUGACGUGACCUUUGCGGAGCCUAAGCAUUGGGAUGCGCCCAAGUCUGUCUUGUAG